CACUUCUCCAUUCCCCAUUUCCUCUUUUCCCUCAGCGCCCCCCAGCCCAGACUUUGGUGCCCACACAGACCAGUACCCCUCACAUCGGGGCCGGGUGUUCCCGGCGGAAGGGGAAAGGCUCGCCUGGGUCCCUGGGAGCCAGGCGCAGUGCCCACGGCGUGUGUCUGAACAGGGCUGUGUGGGAAGCGGGGUAUUUGGGCUUUCCCAGCACGGGAGUCCCCUCCCGUGGAGGCCGAGCCCCAGUCACUGGACGCCUGAGGCGGAAGGGCCCAGCCUGCUCUGCUCCCUUAGUUGGCCCUUCCGGGAGCCGCCUGGUUUCUAGCGCAGGAAGGGGAAGGGGCCAGAGGGGGGAGGCGUGGCAGGAAGGGGGGAACUCUGUGGUCAGGGAGCUGCUCAUCAGCACAGCUGCGCCGGCCCUCAGCUCGUGCCGCCCUCCGCCGCCCAAGAUGAUUCCCGCGGCGCUCCUGCUCGUCCUCCUGCUGGUCGAACAAGCAGAGGCCCUGGGAGAGCCUCAGAUCUGCUACAUCCUGGAUGCAAUCCUGUUUCUGUAUGGGAUCAUCCUGACCCUGCUCUACUGUCGACUCAAGAUCCAGGUGCGGAAGGCAGCUGUCGCCUAUCAGAAGUCAGAUGGCAUUUACACGGGCCUGAGCCCCCGGAACCAGGAGACUUAUGAGACCCUGAAGCAUCAGAAACCGACAGAGUAACUGCAGGACCGAUGCCCUGGGUCACGUCCUCCUGCCCCCAGUUCCUGUCCAGCCCCAGGGCUGACAUCACAUAUGCCUCCCGCCAUUAAUGCCCAAACCUCCGUGUAAAGAUGCUAUGCCCCCAUGAAUGGACCCAUUGGUUCCUCUUCCCUGCCCAAGGCCUGUGCUCACUGAUGUGCUUAUGCUAGUCUCCUCCGACCGCCCCUUCCCUGCACCCAGCUCCCCAUGGCCCCCUCGCACUCUCAGUCACCCCGGGCAAUGGGAAGGGAACAGCACCAAUAAAGCCGCCACAGACUGGGCUCCA